AUGGCGUUCACCGGCCACCAGGGUCCAUUCGCAGAACCCAAGUCCGAGUCCCAGGCUAUCCUACUCCCUGCCAGAAAAUCCACAAGCCGCAGCAGUGAGCCUCCUCCCAGCCCUCCCAGCACUGACACUCAAGGGGAGCUUCGCGAUCUGAAUGAGCGGGCCUGGGCUGGAGAGAGUGAUCUCUUCCCUGUUAGCAAAUCGCUCGAUUCAUCGUUGAAGAAGAACACGGCUUUCAUCAAGCGUCUCCGAACCGGCAUCAAUGCCUCUGUCCAGCAGACCUUCCUGGCCGAUAUUCGCGCCUUGUCGCUGCACAAGUACCUAUCCGAGAUCAUUUCCGCCUGUUACGAAGGCCUAUGCAAGCUAAAAACGCCGGGGGAGAUCGCUGCGGGCGUGGAGAUCACCAGCGCGCUACAUCAGCGCUUCGGACCCGCCGAGUUCACGAGACAGAUUGGGUGGCUGUUAGGUCGGGGUCUCAGCACGCCGGACAAGUCGCAACUGAAAUCCCUCAGUCAGGAACUGCGCGAGCGUGAAGAGAAGGAAAGGCUUUCCCGACAUAGGGUGCUACUCAGAGUGGUUACGGAGCUUUGGCUGGUGGGCGUGCUGAGGACCCUCGAUGACAUUGAGAGGCCGGAAGACUUGGGUUCCAAAGGCAAGGAUGGCGUUGUUGGAAUUAGUGGCAAAGCGGUUGAUGUUGUUUCCAAGCCCAAGGCGGUACCAUCUACGGCCAAGGAUGGCGACAAAGAGGCCGAGCCGUUCCCUCUUGAGGUGUUGAAGGAUCUACUCGGCCACGACCGCGAGCAUGUGAACUUACCACUUGCCGUCCUAUUUGCCAAGAGCUUCAGCUGGGAUAUUCUCGGAGCGAAGACGGUUGACGAGAGCAGGAAGACCGUGGAUGCAGAUGGAGGCACUACAUCUGCUACCCCCACGGGAACAGCAAACGGUGGGGAGGAUGAAAAUGCGACUACUGCCGAGAAUGAUCCGCCACUGGUGCCAGAGAAAAUGCAGCUCCGUUUCAAGAGCAUUAUGAGCCGGUACUUGGAGGAUGUGAAGGCACAUGUUGUUCGUGAUCAAAGAGCGUUGGCAGCCCAAAGUCGUCGAAAUGCAGAAGCAUACGUCAAAAGUGGCGAGAUUUUUGAGGAUCGUCAAGCGAACUUUGAAAAGCAAAGCAAGUCGUUGGAGAAGCUUGUUGCCAAUACGCUGGUGUUGUGCGAGGUUCUCGGGGUGGAUAUGCCAGCCUUGGCUGAACAAGAAUCGGCAGAUGCUGCUUCGAGUGGCGGAAUUGGUCUUGUCAAGACUGCCGAGUACCUGCGUGGCCAGGGAGAAGGUUCAGGUUUCUGGGAAGAUGAGGAAGAACGGCGAUUCUAUGAGAAUCUGGUCGACCUUAAAGGUAAAGUUCCGGCAGUCUUGCUUGAAGAUGGCAAGAAGAAAAAGCCCGAGGCCGACGAAACCGCGAAAAAGAAGGCGGAAGGCGAAGCUACUCCGGAGUCAACCACUGAGAAGGCUGAGGUCACAAAUCAAACUCCAUCAGGGGAAGAAAAAGUCACGGCAGAGACAGAUGAUCAAUCUACCGCUAUUGCGAGCAAGACCGUUGGAGCACAGGUGGAUGCUCUCCUGGCGAAACUUCCUGAUCUCCAGACGAAGGAUCAAGUUGAUCAGUUGGCUCUCGAUUUUUGCUUUCUGAACUCUAAGGCAUCUAGAAACAGGCUCAUCAAAGCUGUGUCUGAUGUCCCCAAAGGCCGGAUUGAUCUUUUGCCUUUGUAUUCUCGACUUGUUGCCACUCUAGGGCAAUAUCUUCCAGACAUCCCUCAAGGCUUGAUCACUUAUCUGGAUGAGGAGUUUCGAAGCCUCCAGCGCCGAAAAUCCAAGGAAUUUCUCGGCCAGGUCCGCAUGACCAACAUUCGCUAUCUUGCAGAAUUAACGAAGUUCGGUACUGUUCCGGAACACAUCAUUUUCCACUGCUUCAAGGUCUCUCUUGACGACUUUUCUCGCAUGAACAUCGAGAUUAUUGGUCACCUGCUGGAAAACUGCGGGCGUUACUUGCUCCGCAACCCAGAGACAUCACCGAGAAUGACCUCCUUUCUCGAGAGGCUCAACAGAAAGAAGACUAUUCAGCACCUGGGUCAGCAAGAACGGAUGAUCAUUGAGAACGCAGUCUACUAUGUGGAUCCGCCACCGCGCCCUGCCAUUCAACAGAAGGAGCGCACGCCUAUGGAGUCCUACAUUCGAAAAAUCAUCUAUCUGGAUAUGAACAAGCGCAAUUAUACCAAGAUCUUGAAGUCAAUUCGAAAGCUUCACUGGGAAGAACAAGAUGUUGUCGACAUUCUGGAGCGAGUCUUCAGCAAACCUGUCAAAGUCAAAUAUGGCAAUAUCCAUCUUCUCGCGAUCCUUGUCAGUGCGCUUUAUAGGUACCAUCAGAACUUCGUGAUCAACAUUGUAGACAACAUUCUCGAGCAGAUCACAUUGGGCCUGGAGCAGAAUGAUUUUAAAUUCAACCAGAAGCGCGUCGCUGAGGUCAAAUAUCUCGGGGAGCUAUACAACUACAAGAUGAUUGACUCACCGGUGAUCUUUGAUACUUUGUAUAGAAUUGUCACUUUCGGCUAUGAAGGUGGUACCCCAAUUCCUGGAAAAAUCAACGUUCUGGAUCUGCCAGACGACUUUUUCCGAGUCCGCCUAGUUUGCACACUCCUCGACACUUGUGGUCACUGUUUCGAUCGUGGAUCCGCCAAGAAGAAGCUCGAUUUCUUCUUGACUUUCUUCCAGUACUAUUUCCUCACGAAAGACCCUCUUCCCAUGGAUCUUGACUUCCUUGUGCAAGACACGUUUUCGAUGACUCGUCCUCAAUGGAACCUCGCGACUGAUUUGCAAGAAGCUACUCAGCUCUUCAGUGAAGCAGUGGCUCAGAACUAUAAAACUCAAGAUUCGGAAAGGCCUAUGGAACCCGACGAGGACGAUGCAGAAAGCAGCUCCUCUGAUGACGGUCUUGAGGAUGAUGUGAUGCCCGAGAUUGACGAAGAGCAAGAGACAAGUGACGAGGCUGAAGUUUCCGGCCCUAAUGCCGAGCGAGAUAGUGAUAGUGACUCCGAAGAUGAGCAAAUCUUUGUCACUCGUCAAGAAGAGGAACGGGAUCCCGAGGUUGAGGCUGAAUUUGAUCGCGAAUUCGAGAAAAUGAUGGCAGAAAGCAUGGAGUCUCGGCGCUUCGAGCGGAAAGCCGUGUUUGAUAUUCCUUUGCCUAUGAGACGCGCUGGCCGAGACCCUUCGAACAGUGAAGGCCCUAUCGAAACCCCUCAAGAGCGAAAUACUACGAUGGCUUUUUCUCUGAUGACAAAGAAGGGAAACAAGCAACAGACACGUACGAUUGAUCUACCCUCCGAUUCUAGUUUUGCACUGGCCAUGAAGAGCCAGCAACAGGCGGAUCGGGAGGAGCAGCAACGCAUCAAAAACUUAGUCCUCAACUAUGAGAUGACAACCGAAGCCGAGAAUACUGGUGAAGUGCUUGAGAAACGUACACCUCCCAAGAUUGAUAAAUCAGGCUCCAACCGCACAGCUUUUCGUUCCAGAAAGCUCCAGCUCAGCGACGUCAACUGGUAG